GAGCAGCCGCAGUCGCCGUCGCCGUCGCAGUCGCAGUCGCAGUAACAGCAAACAACAGAACAUCGCUGCCGUUGCCGUCGUCGUCGCUGCUGCCGUCGCCGCCGCUGACGUCGCCGCAUGCAUACUAUUAAUUUAUUAUACAAAUUGUUUUUAUUUUGAAUAAUGGAUCGUCGUGCAUUGAAGUUUAUGCAAAAAAGAGCGGACACUGAAAGCGAUACAACAACAACAACAACAACAACAACAGCAAACACAUUAACAGCAACAUCAGCAGCAACAACAUUAGCAGCAGCAGCAACAGCAACAGCAACAACAGCAAUUUUAACAACAGCAACAACGACAACAACAACAACUGCGCUUCCAUUAAAAGACAACUCGAAUAUACGAGGCAGCAGCAGCAGCAGCAGCGACAAGUUGCAAACAGCAACGCAGCAGCUACAACAGCAACACAAGCAGCAACAACAGCAGCAGCAGCAGCAGCAACAGCAACAACAGCAGCAGCAGCAGCAGCAGCAACAACAUAUUGUCAGCGUUGAGCGGCCCUUGAAGUGCCUGGAGACGUUGGCCCAAAAGGCGGGCAUUACCUUUGACGAGAAAUACGAUUUUGCUAGUCCGCCGCAUCCGGGCAUAGGUGCCCAUACGCCCACGCACAUCAACAACAACAUCAACAACAACAACAAUAAUAGUACUUAUAAUAACAACAACAACAACACGCAGUUGAACAACAACAAUCACGUUAAAAACGUUACGCCCACAUCAAUUGCAACAAGUAGUGCGCAGACGCCGCCCUCAGCGCGACGCACAGCAACAACAGCAGCAGCAGCAGCAGCAGCAGCAACAACAACAACAACAGCAACAGCAACCACUCCCAACAGCAACAGCUCAGCGCGUUCACGCAGCGUCUCACGUUCCCGUUCGCGGUCGAGCACGCCCACCUCACGCACAGCAGCAGCUACAGCAGCAGCCGUAGCAGCAGCAGCAGCAGCAACAGCAGCAGCAGCAACAGCAGCAGCAGUUGUUGGCGGCACGCUGGAGAAAUCACAGAGCCCCGCCCAACAGGUGGCAUCCGCUGCGGCGGUGCCACUGCAAAUCUCGCCGGAGCAACUGCAGCAAUUCUAUGCGAGCAAUCCGUAUGCGGCCAUUCAGGUUAAGCAGGAGUUUCCCACACAUAAUGCUGGCAGCGGCGGCGCUGGCGCCGGCGGCAACAACAGCAACGCUAACGAGCUGAAGCAUGCCACCGGCCUGCUGGAUGCCAGCCAAACGACACAGCUGCAACAGUUGCAGCUGCAACAGCUGACCGCUGGCGAUGGCAGCGCUGCGGCUGCUGCUGCCGCUGUUGCGGCCGCCGCCGCUGCAGCCGGCAGUCCAGCGGCAGCGCAACAGAACGCUCUCCAACAGCAGGCGGCGGUCGUUGCGGCACAGCAGCAGCAGCAACAGCAGCAGCAGCAGCAACAACAGCAGCAACAGCAACAGCAGCAGCAUCAGCAGCAACAGCAACAACAGCAGGCCGCACAGCAGCAACACUCGACAGCAAUUAGCACUAUGUCGCCGAUGCAACUGGCCGCUGCCACCGGCAGUGUGCCCGGUGACUGGGCCAAUGGACGGACCGUGCAGCUGAUGCAGCCAUCGACCGGCUUCAUAUAUCCACAUCUAUCCAUUGUCUCCGGGAAUCUGUUGCCCGCCGCGCUGGGCCAGCAGCCCAUACAGGUGAUUGCCGCCGGCAAGCAUUUUCAGGGCAGCGCGCCGCAAAUGAUAACGGCGACCACGCAGAAUACCAAGCAAAUGAUCGGCGGACAGGCGGGCUUCGCCAGCGGCACCUAUACGAUACCCUCGAGCCAGUCGCCGCAGACGCUGCUCAUAUCGCCGGUGAACGUGAUAUCGCAUUCGCCGCAGCAGCAGAGUCUGCUGCACUCGAUGGCGGCGGCGGCGGCGCAGCAGCAACAGCAGCAGCAACAACAACAGCAACAGCAGCAACAGCAGCAGCAGCAACAGCAGCAGCAACAACAACAACAGCAGCAGCAGCAAUUGACACAGCAGCAACAGCAACUGACGGCUGCAGCUGCGGCCCAACAAGCGCUGGCUGUCAGCGCCGCCAAGGUGGGCGUCGGCGUUGGCGUCGGCGAUGGCCAGGCCAAGCUGCAGCAGAAGGUGGUCCAGAAGGUGACAACCACAACGAACACGGUGCAGGCGGCGAGCGGGCCAGCUGCUGGCGGCGGCGUUGUUGCCCAGGCCCAACAGCAGCAGCAACAGCAGACGACCACGCAGCAAUGCGUCCAGGUGUCGCAGUCAACGCUGCCGGGCGUGACGGCCGCCCAGGCGGCCCAAUUGAUAAGCCCGCUGCAGGGCACCGCCACCGGGCAGCCGCAGCAAAUGCAGCUCGGUCCGUGGUUCUGGCAAAAUUUCGGAGGUAGCCCGAUCAUCUUGCGCGGCCAGCCGGAUCACACGUCCGGCAUGUUUAUCCAGCAGCCGACCCAUCAGGCCCUGCAAACCCAACAGAAUCAAA